AUGCAAGACUUUGUCCAAAGAGUAGUAGAGAGACUCAGUGUGGAUGACAACAAAGACCGUGUCUCAGUGGUUCAGUACAGUAGAGAUCCAGCUGUCCAGUUCUAUUUGAACAGUGUUGAUGCACCAGCUUCUGCUCUCAAGCAGUUGGGUGUUUUGACCUUUACAAUUGGAACCAAGAGGUCUGAUAGCAGGGAACUACAGAAGAUAUCCCACGAGGCCAAUUCAGUUCUCUCUGUGUCGGAUUUCACUGACCUUCAACGUAUCCAACAGCAACUUCAGUCCUCCUUGGAGGCUGUGGUUAUUAAAAUCACCCCACAAUCACCAACUGUACUUGUUUACACUGCCAAAAAGGAUGUUGUUUUCCUUCUGGAUGGUUCUGAUAGCACAAGGAAUGGCUUCCCAGCAAUGCGUAAUUUCAUUGAGAAAGUGGUUGAGGAACUCAAUGUGGGAGAGAACAAAGACCGUGUGUCUGUCGUCCAGUACAGCAAAGAUGCAGAAGUCCAUUUCUACCUGAAUACAUACACCAAAACAAAGGAUAUUGUUGAUUUGGUCAGAGGGUUGAGACACAGAGGUGGCAGACCCCUCAACACUGGGGCCGCCCUCCAAUUUGUCAGUGACACUGUCUUUACAAACCCUGCUGGGAGUAGGCGCCGGCAAGGUGUACCACAGAUAUUGAUCCUGUUAAAUGGUGGAAGGUCUUUUGACAUUGUAGAUACCUCAGCCUCUGUUCUCAGACAGCAGGGCAUCAUUGUCAUUGGAAUUGGAACAAGGAGCUCUGACAGUGGAGAGCUGCAGAAAAUAUCAUAUGACCCUAAUUACACUCUGUCAGUGUCUGAGUUCACUGACCUUCCCAGUGUCCAGGAAAAGCUUUACUCUCUAAUAAGCACAGGGCUAGUGAGGGCCACACCCAUGACACCAACAGUAACUGUUGAAAGACAGCCAAAAGGAAAAGAUGUUGUGUUCUUGUUGGAUGGAUCUGAUGGAACCAAAACUGGAUUCCCAGCUAUGCAAGACUUUGUCCAAAGAGUAGUAGAGAGACUCAGUGUGGAUGACAACCAAGACCGUAUCUCAGUGGUUCAGUACAGUAGAGAUCCAGCUGUCCAGUUCUAUUUGAACACAUACGCGACAAAAGUCGAGAUCCUUGACUUUGUCAGAGGUUUGAGGCACAAAGGCGGAAGACCCCUCAACACUGGAGCAGCUCUCCAGUACGUGAAGGAUAAUGUCUUCACAGCCUCUGCUGGAAGCAGGCGCCUGGAAGGAGUUCCUCAGGUCCUGAUUUUGCUCAGUGGUGGACGGUCUUCUGACAGUGUUGAUGCACCAGCUUCUGCUCUCAAACAGCUGGGUGUCUUGACCUUUGCAAUUGGAAACAAGAGGUCUGACAGAAAAGAACUGCAGAAGAUAUCCCACAAUGCCAAUUCUGCUCUCUCUGUGUCUGAUUUCACUGACCUAUCCAGUAUCCAACAGCAACUUCAGUCCUCCUUGGAGGCUGUGGUUAUUGACGUCACCCCAGAAUCACCUACUGUACUUGUUGACACUCCCCAAAAGGAUAUCGUUUUCCUCCUUGAUGGUUCUGAUAGCACAAGGAAUGGCUUCCCUGCUAUGCGUGAUUUUGUUGAGAAUGUGGUUGAGAAACUCAAUGUGGGAGAAAGCAAAGACCGUGUCUCUGUAGUCCAAUACAGCAGAGAUUCAGAGGUCAAUUUCUAUUUGAAUACAUACACCACAAAAGAAGAUAUUGUGGAUUCGGUAAAAGGUCUGAGACACAAAGGAGGCAGACCGCUCAACACCGGGGCCGCCCUCCAAUACGUGAGGGACAACGUCUUUACAAACCCCGCCGGGAGUAGGCACCUGCAAGGUGUUCCACAGAUAUUGAUCCUGCUAAAUGGUGGAAGGUCUUUUGACAAUGUAGAUACUCCAGCCUCUGUUCUCAAACAGCAGGGCAUCAUUGUCAUUGGCAUUGGAACAAGAAGCUCUGACAGUGGAGAGCUGCGGAAAAUAACACAGGACCCUAAUUACACUCUAUCCGUGUCUGAGUUCACUGACCUCCCCAGUGUCCAAGAACAGCUCUCGUCGCUAAUGAGCACAGCACUUGUGAGGGCCACACCCAUGACACCAACAGUAACUGUGGUGACAAAACCAAAAGGAAGGGAUGUUGUGUUCUUGUUGGAUGGAUCUGAUGGUACUAGAACUGGAUUCCCAGCUAUGCAAGACUUUGUCCAAAGAGUAGUAGAGAGACUCAGUGUGGAUGACAACAAAGACCGUGUCUCAGUGGUUCAGUACAGCAGAGAUCCAGCUGUCCAGUUCUAUUUGAACACAUAUGCGACAAAAGUCGAGAUCCUUGACAUUGUCAGAGGUUUGAGGCACAAAGGCGGAAGACCCCUCAACACUGGAGCAGCUCUCCAGUACGUGAAGGAUAAUGUCUUCACAGCCUCUGCUGGAAGCAGGCGCCUGGAAGGAGUUCCUCAGGUCCUUAUAUUGCUCAUUGGCGGACGGUCUUCUGACAGUGUUGAUGCACCAGCUUCUGCUCUCAAACAGCUGGGUGUCUUGACCUUUACAAUUGGAACCAAGAGGUCUGAUAGCAGGGAACUACAGAAGAUAUCCCACAAUGCCAAUUCAGUUCUCUAUGUUUCUGAAUUCACUGACCUUCAACAAAUCCAACAACAACUUCAGUCCUCCUUGGAGGCUGUGGUUAUUAAAAUCACCCCACAAUCACCAACUGUACUUGUUUACACUGCCAAAAAGGAUGUUGUUUUCCUUCUGGAUGGUUCUGAUAGCACAAGGAAUGGCUUCCCAGCAAUGCGUAAUUUCAUUGAGAAAGUGGUUGAGGAACUCAAUGUGGGAGAGAACAAAGACCGUGUGUCUGUCGUCCAGUACAGCAAAGAUGCAGAAGUCCAUUUCUACCUGAAUACAUACACCAAAACAAAGGAUAUUGUUGAUUUGGUCAGAGGGUUGAGACACAGAGGUGGCAGACCCCUCAACACUGGGGCCGCCCUCCAAUUUGUCAGUGACACUGUCUUUACAAACCCUGCUGGGAGUAGGCGCCGGCAAGGUGUACCGCAGAUAUUGAUCCUGCUAAAUGGUGGAAAGUCUUUUGACAAUGUAGGUACUCCAGCUUCUGUUCUCAGACAGCAGGGCAUCAUUGUCAUUGGCAUUGGAACAAGAAGCUCUGACAGUGGAGAGCUGCGGAAAAUAACACAGGACCCUAAUUACACUCUAUCCGUGUCUGAGUUCACUGACCUCCCCAGUGUCCAAGAACAGCUCUCGUCGCUAAUGAGCACAGCACUUGUGAGGGCCACACCCAUGACACCAACAGUAACUGUGGUGACAAAACCAAAAGGAAGAGAUGUUGUGUUCUUGUUGGAUGGAUCUGAUGGUACUAGAACUGGAUUCCCAGCUAUGCAAGACUUUGUCCAAAGAGUAGUGGAGAGACUCAGUGUGGAUGACAACAAAGACCGUGUUUCAGUGGUUCAGUACAGCAGAGAUCCAGCUGUUCAGUUCUAUCUGAACAGGUACGCCAACAAAAGUGAGAUCCUUGACACUAUCAGAGGGUUGAGGCACAAAGGUGGAAGACCCCUCAACACUGGAGCAGCUCUCCAGUACUUGAGGGAUAAUGUAUUCACUCCCUCUGCCGGAAGCAGACGCCUGGAAGGAGUUCAACAAGUCCUGAUAUUGUUAAAUGGAGAAGGGUCUUCUGACAGUGUUGAUGCAGCAGCAUCGGCUCUCAAACAGCUGGGUGUCUUGACUUUUGCAAUUGGAACCAGGAGCUCUGACAGCAGAGAACUGCAGAAGAUUUCCCACAAUGCCAAUUCUACUCUAUAUGUGUCUGAAUUCACUGACCUAUCCAGUAUCCAACAGCAACUUCAGUUCUCCUUGGAGCCUGUGUUUAUUGAUGUCACCCCAGAAUUACCAACUGUACUUGUUGAAGCUGCCGAAAAGGACAUUGUAUUCCUUUUGGAUGGUUCUAAUAGCACAAGGAAUGUCUUCCCCGCCAUGCGUGAUUUUGUUGAGAAAGUGGUGGAGAAACUCAAUGUGGGAGAAAACAAAGACCGUGUCUCUGUUGUCCAGUACAGUGAAGAUGCAGAGGCCCAUUUCUAUCUGAAAACAUACAUAACGAGAAAGGAUAUUGUGGAUUCAAUCAGAGGACUAAGACACAGAGGAGGCAGUCCCCUCAACACCGGUUCUGCCCUUCAAUACGUCAGGGAUAAUGUAUUUACAAACUCCUCCGGGAGUAGGCACCGGCAAGGAGUUCCACAAAUAUUGAUCUUGCUCAAGGGUGGAAGGUCUUUUGACAACAGUGUCCAAGAUCAGCUCUCCUCGCUAAUGAGCACAGCACUUGUGAGGGCCACACCCAUGACACCAACAGUAACUGUGGUGACAAAACCAAAAGGAAGGGAUGUUGUGUUCUUGUUGGAUGGAUCUAAUGGUACUAGAACGGGAUUCCCAGCUAUGCAAGACUUUGUCCAAAGAGUAGUAGAGAGACUCAGUGUGGAUGACAACAAAGACCGUGUCUCAGUGGUUCAGUACAGCAGAGAUCCAGCUGUCCAGUUCUAUUUGAACACAUAUGCGACAAAAGUCGAGAUCCUUGACAUUGUCAGAGGUUUGAGGCACAAAGGCGGAAGACCCCUCAACACUGGAGCAGCUCUCCAGUACUUGAGGGAUAAUGUCUUCACAGCCUCUGCCGGAAGCAGGCGCCUGGAAGGAGUCCCACAGGUCCUGAUAUUGCUAAGUGGUGGACGGUCUUCUGACAGUGUUGAUGAAUCAGCCGCUGCUCUGAAACAACUGGGCGUCUUGACCUUUGCAAUUGGAACCAGGAGCUCUGACAGCAGAGAACUGCAGAAGAUAUCCCACAAUGGCGAUUCUGCUCUCUCUGUUUCUGAUUUCACUGACCUUCAACGUAUCCAACAGCAACUUCAGUCCUCCUUGGAGGCUGUGGUUAUUGACGUCACCCCAGAAUCACCUACUGUACUUGUUGACACUCCCCAAAAGGAUAUUGUUUUCCUCCUUGAUGGUUCUGAUAGCACAAGGAAUGGCUUCCCUGCUAUGCGUGAUUUUGUUGAGAAUGUGGUUGAGAAACUCAAUGUGGGAGAAAGCAAAGACCGUGUCUCUGUAGUCCAAUACAGCAGAGAUUCAGAGGUCAAUUUCUAUUUGAAUACAUACACCACAAAAGAAGAUAUUGUGGAUUCGGUAAAAGGUCUGAGACACAAAGGAGGCAGACCGCUCAACACCGGGGCCGCCCUCCAAUACGUGAGGGACAACGUCUUUACAAACCCCGCCGGGAGUAGGCACCUGCAAGGUGUUCCACAGAUAUUGAUCCUGCUAAAUGGUGGAAGGUCUUUUGACAAUGUAGAUACUCCAGCCUCUGUUCUCAAACAGCAGGGCAUCAUUGUCAUUGGCAUUGGAACAAGAAGCUCUGACAGUGGAGAGCUGCGGAAAAUAACACAGGACCCUAAUUACACUCUAUCCGUGUCUGAGUUCACUGACCUCCCCAGUGUCCAAGAACAGCUCUCGUCGCUAAUGAGCACAGCACUUGUGAGGGCCACACCCAUGACACCAACAGUAACUGUGGUGACAAAACCAAAAGGAAGAGAUGUUGUGUUCUUGUUGGAUGGAUCUGAUGGUACUAGAAUGGGAUUCCCAGCUAUGCAAGACUUUGUCCAAAGAGUAGUAGAGAGACUCAGUGUGGAUGACAACAAAGACCGUGUCUCAGUGGUUCAGUACAGCAGAGAUCCAGCUGUCCAGUUCUAUUUGAACACAUAUGCGACAAAAGUCGAGAUCCUUGACAUUGUCAGAGGUUUGAGGCACAAAGGCGGAAGACCCCUCAACACUGGAGCAGCUCUCCAGUACUUGAGGGAUAAUGUCUUCACAGCCUCUGCCGGAAGCAGGCGCCUGGAAGGAGUCCCACAGGUCCUGAUAUUGCUAAGUGGUGGACGGUCUUCUGACAGUGUUGAUGAAUCAGCCGCUGCUCUGAAACAACUGGGCGUCUUGACCUUUGCAAUUGGAACCAAGGGUUCUGACAGCAGAGAACUGCAGAAGAUAUCCCACAAUGGCGAUUCUGCUCUCUCUGUUUCUGAUUUCACUGACCUUCAACGUAUCCAACAGCAACUUCAGUCCUCCUUGGAGGCUGUGGUUAUUGACGUCACCCCAGAAUCACCUACUGUACUUGUUGACACUCCCCAAAAGGAUAUUGUUUUCCUCCUUGAUGGUUCUGAUAGCACAAGGAAUGGCUUCCCUGCUAUGCGUGAUUUUGUUGAGAAUGUGGUUGAGAAACUCAAUGUGGGAGAAAGCAAAGACCGUGUCUCUGUAGUCCAAUACAGCAGAGAUUCAGAGGUCAAUUUCUAUUUGAAUACAUACACCACAAAAGAAGAUAUUGUGGAUUCGGUAAAAGGUCUGAGACACAAAGGAGGCAGACCGCUCAACACCGGGGCCGCCCUCCAAUACGUGAGGGACAACGUCUUUACAAACCCCGCCGGGAGUAGGCACCUGCAAGGUGUUCCACAGAUAUUGAUCCUGCUAAAUGGUGGAAGGUCUUUUGACAAUGUAGAUACUCCAGCCUCUGUUCUCAAACAGCAGGGCAUCAUUGUCAUUGGCAUUGGAACAAGAAGCUCUGACAGUGGAGAGCUGCGGAAAAUAACACAGGACCCUAAUUACACUCUAUCCGUGUCUGAGUUCACUGACCUCCCCAGUGUCCAAGAACAGCUCUCGUCGCUAAUGAGCACAGCACUUGUGAGGGCCACACCCAUGACACCAACAGUAACUGUGGUGACAAAACCAAAAGGAAGAGAUGUUGUGUUCUUGUUGGAUGGAUCUGAUGGUACUAGAACGGGAUUCCCAGCUAUGCAAGACUUUGUCCAAAGAGUAGUAGAGAGACUCAGUGUGGAUGACAACAAAGACCGUGUCUCAGUGGUUCAGUACAGCAGAGAUCCAGCUGUCCAGUUCUAUUUGAACACAUAUGCGACAAAAGUCGAGAUCCUUGACAUUGUCAGAGGUUUGAGGCACAAAGGCGGAAGACCCCUCAACACUGGAGCAGCUCUCCAGUACUUGAGGGAUAAUGUCUUCACAGCCUCUGCCGGAAGCAGGCGCCUGGAAGGAGUCCCACAGGUCCUGAUAUUGCUAAGUGGUGGACGGUCUUCUGACAGUGUUGAUGAAUCAGCCGCUGCUCUGAAACAACUGGGCGUCUUGACCUUUGCAAUUGGAACCAAGGGUUCUGACAGCAGAGAACUGCAGAAGAUAUCCCACAAUGGCGAUUCUGCUCUCUCUGUUUCUGAUUUCACUGACCUUCAACGUAUCCAACAGCAACUUCAGUUCUCCUUGGAGGCUGUGGUUAUUGACGUCACCCCAGAAUCACCUACUGUACUUGUUGACACUCCCCAAAAGGAUAUUGUUUUCCUCCUUGAUGGUUCUGAUAGCACAAGGAAUGGCUUCCCUGCUAUGCGUGAUUUUGUUGAGAAUGUGGUUGAGAAACUCAAUGUGGGAGAAAGCAAAGACCGUGUCUCUGUAGUCCAAUACAGCAGAGAUUCAGAGGUCAAUUUCUAUUUGAAUACAUACACCACAAAAGAAGAUAUUGUGGAUUCGGUAAAAGGUCUGAGACACAAAGGAGGCAGACCGCUCAACACCGGGGCCGCCCUCCAAUACGUGAGGGACAACGUCUUUACAAACCCCGCCGGGAGUAGGCACCUGCAAGGUGUUCCACAGAUAUUGAUCCUGCUAAAUGGUGGAAGGUCUUUUGACAAUGUAGAUACUCCAGCCUCUGUUCUCAAACAGCAGGGCAUCAUUGUUAUUGACAUUGGAACAAGAAGCUCUGACAGUGGAGAGCUGCGGAAAAUAACACAGGACCCUAAUUACACUCUAUCCGUGUCUGAGUUCACUGACCUCCCCAGUGUCCAAGAACAGCUCUCGUCGCUAAUGAGCACAGCACUUGUGAGGGCCACACCCAUGACACCAACAGUAACUGUGGUGACAAAACCAAAAGGAAGAGAUGUUGUGUUCUUGUUGGAUGGAUCUGAUGGUACUAGAAUGGGAUUCCCAGCUAUGCAAGACUUUGUCCAAAGAGUAGUAGAGAGACUCAGUGUGGAUGACAACAAAGACCGUGUCUCAGUGGUUCAGUACAGCAGAGAUCCAGCUGUCCAGUUCUAUUUGAACACAUAUGCGACAAAAGUCGAGAUCCUUGACAUUCUGAAGCUGUCAGAGCAAUCACUGAAGCUCACGCUGUCACUAACUGCACAAAAAUUCCGAGAGUCUACAACGUGCUCCUGUAAAGUCAGGUCAGGAAACCACCUCAGCACAGAUGGAUUCCAGCUCAUUCACAUUGGACUGUGA